GCGGACAGAGCGCGAGAAAAUGCAAUUAAGCGAAAAACGGAUCUCGUUCUCGUGCGCGUCACGAUUAGUCAUUGCAUUGGCAUUCAUACAUUGUAUUUGUGCGAAUUUUCAGUGUGUCGCGAGUGGCUGGUGCACGAGGAUGGGGCGUUGGCCUACCGGCUUCAGGAUGAAGAAAUCAAGGAGCAUUAUACUGGCAACAAGACGCGUAACGCACAAGUGAGGGAAGAUGUGCCACGAGCCAGAGUUGAACAGGAAUUGGAAGCGUUGAGAUAUCAAAACUACGUUCAACAACAGGAAGAGAGAGAUGCGCUUGUCGCACGGCAAAUCGCGCUUUCCCUGGAGCGAGAAGAGAGACAGAGAGAGCGUGAGCUUCAAGACCUGAUGAGAUUACAAUUAAGAUUAGGAGAUGAAGCUAUACAGCAGGACAUUGAAAAGCGUAUACAGGAAGAAAAAGAUGAGGAACUGGCGAGGAAGUUGCAGCAAGAGGAGAAAGGAGAUCAUCCGGACUGUCCAGGAGAUGAGCAAUUAAUGUUGGAUCAAAAACUGGCGAUGGAAACGCAGGACGCUGAGUUGGCACGGAUGCUUCAGGACAAAGAACGAGCAAAGGCGCGUAAAGCGCGAGAGAGAGCGAAACAAAAAAAGCUGGAGCGCGAACGUUUGCAACAACAGCAACAGUUCGAAGAGCAGAAUCUCACGGCGCGACCACCAAGACCGGACAGAUUGGACUUGAAGACUCCGCCAGUCAAGAACCGAGCCCGUCAUCCAGUCAACUAUUCUCAGUAUCCAGAUCCCGAAGAAAUCCAGACGUUGGAUGAUCCCGUUGACGGUUCACAAGAAGUGGCGAAUGUCGCGGCUAUCAUCGAUCCCACUUAUAACGCGCAUCGUGGCACUUCCAGCAGCUCGAGCAGCACGAUAAGUCCCGUUUACGCCUUGCCAACGCCGUCGCAAGAGCUGAUGAUCGACGAAGCACCAUGUUACAUGCCGAUCCAAGGCCAGCGACGGAAUCAAGCCCAAUCGCCGUCCAACGCACAUGAAGAGAAGCACAAGCGACGCGUUAAGGACGGGUGUAAGCAUCAGUGAGUGAGAGAGAGAGAGAGAGAGAGAGAGAGAAAGAAAGAGGGAUGCUGUGAGAGAGAAGAGAGAAUUGAGAAAUCAGUAUUUUUAAAAUAAAAUAUAUUCUGUCCUUUUUCUUUUUUUAUUGCCAUUUAACGAUAACAUAAGUUGAUAAAUAACUGAUUCAUUUCUAAAAGGUUCUUGUCUAAAGAGAUGCGAUUUUGUUAUGCAUUGAUGAACACAUUUAUCUGAUACAUGUAUUUACUUUCAGAAAAUGUAUAAAUCUCUCUCAGGAUUUUUUGAUUAUUUUACACUGACAGGAUUUGCUGCCAUACGUUAUGCGACGAUGUAAUUCGCAUUAUGCAAAGUACAAUGUGCCUUUUAAAGGGCAUAAAAAUUUGAAACGGCCUUGAUAACACAAGUUGACAACUUAUCUAGCAAUAUAAAUUGAAGUUGACAAUUAUCUAUUCAAAUAGAUAUAUUAUACCGUCCUCGAUUUUGUAUUUAUGUUUCUCGUGUCCAUAAUUCUUACGAAAUAUAUGACAUUAGUGUAAAAAUUGCUUUAUCAAUGACAAUGCUUUACAAUAUUAAAAUUUUGAUACCUUCAGCAAGAGAGUUGAAGCGAAAGAAGAUAUUAUAGACAAUCAUGAAAUGAUUUGCAAGAGAUAUAUAUUGUGACACACACUUAGAUAUGGCAAAAAAA